GCAUCGCACGCCUCUCCCUCGACCAAGACUCGAUUUCAUCCACAUCUCUUUCACACUCUGGUGGACGUUGCGUGUCGAUGAGCCUUCUGCAUCGUCUCAGCGACAGUGUAAGCAAGACUGGCUCUUUCGGAAGAGUCUUCUGCCGCUCCUUUUCUAUCUCAAUCUCCAACUUCUCGAGCUCUACCACUUCUAGGCGGCAACCACUGGGUCAUUCGACACCCAGAUCCUGGCUCGAAGAGUUCUAUCCGGGCUUCUUUUCUGAGACGCCUAUCUAUCCCAACGUCCUCGGCAUCAAACCCCUCAGCUCCAAUGGCUCCCUCUCUCAAGACCUCAGCUCUCUGCGACUUCCUCCCUUACCGUUCGUUCCCCUCCCUCAACCGAACGAGAACGGCCGCAUCACCCUGCUUCAGCGGUUUAGGCACCGGUGGCGAAAGAGGACUGCCCUGAACACAUUUUACAAGCGAGGCAUAGCUCAGAUCUCUCACAAUCACAAGGAAUAUACCUCCCUGUUCGAACGCCUCCCCCGCGAGUGUGCUCUGCUUCCAGAUUUGGCCGCUCUCUAUGGCGGUUCCAAUCUCAAAAUCCAGGACCAUUCCAUCCCGAUGCCCCAGAUCUCCCGUCGUGAAUUCCAGCUGCUGCUCCACCACGGAUCGGACUAUGCCCGAGUAUCAGGAUUUGCCUUGCUUUUCUGGCUGUUUCGUUCCUGGGCUCCUUUAAUUGCCCCAAGGCUUCCUUCUACUUGCGAACGACCAGAGGACCGAAGUAGACAACUCAAGGCCUUGUGCAAUCGCUUCGACUUCUUUGUGCGCAACCGCAACGAUAAUUUGGAUAUUGUGACCGACGACUCCCAGUUGAACACGACUGAGCGGGCCGAGGAGUUUUAUACCAUUUGGAGAAGGCGGCUCUUGAGGUGGCACUAUGUUGUUGUCAAUGACCCUUUAUGCAAGCUCAUUCCAUGGGUCCCGUACGCUUGGACAGAAUCCGCAGCUCGUUUCUUUGGUCGUCGGUGUGAGGAUCACUAUCGCUCGAUCACUGCCGAUACAGUGCUUAUAAUGCGCGAAGGCGGAUUCAAUACUCUCUCUGCUGACGAUAUUUACGACUACUGUGUCAGAUGCGCCUCCCCAACUUUCAUCAGUUACGCCAAACAAGCUCUCCAGAACGGCGUUAAUCCUGCCAACGAGGCCAUGAGAAAGGCCAUGGUACCCGUUCUCGAGGCCCGCGCAAAAAGGAUGUUGGCCAUCGACUGGACCAGACUGCGUCCGAAGUCACUCGGUUUAAUUGAGCCGCUCAGUCGAUUGCGCGACCGUGAGGACCCUGAUUCAGUCUGGGGACGGAGAAAGUGAUGGGAAACGUGCUCUCCUUCCUCUGUGAAGGUGAUCAUGAUAAAGCUUCGAUUUACCGCCGCAUCUAACCCUAUGUUCGAAGUUUCUGAAACCGGAAUUCCAAGGCAUAUAACUAUGGUGACAAAACUUGUCGGCUAUUGGUCUGCCUCCGUCGCCGCGGAAACAGCGACUGCAUUUUUUCCCUGUUCAAACUACCAGACCAACUGUACAGACGAAACCCGAACUUUUGAGCGAAGGGACGGUCCCCCAGGGUCGCUCCUCUGCCCUGUUCAUUAAUCACAAACCAAAUGGAUAAGUUUCCGCCUCGAGCAGUGGUGUAUGGGGCUGUUUCUUUUCCAGCGCUCCGACUGCCUGCGUCCUGUCGAAAAACACAUACGCGUCGAACUGCUUGGACAACCUGGAGCCGCUGUAAUGACUCCACAGCUCCGUCUUCGGCCGGUAAAUCACGCCGAUGAAUCGUUCAAGCCGAUUAGCAGCGAGGGCUCUGCGCGUAUCUUCGUCGCAAUGCCCCUUGCGCAUAUCAAGCAGAAAUCUUGGCAUGUUGGUGCUGUGUGCCACAUACUCCCAGCUGUCCUCUCGCGACGGAUUGACGUUCAUGAUUUGCAUGUCACCAUCCCACUCGUGUGCGGCAGCGACUGAGCCGUCAUGUGUGCCGCAACCUACGAGGACCACAUCGGAUAGAUUCUCGCGGCAGAGUUGACCGAGAUUGAGUUCCUCGCGCUGCGUGCCCAUGUCGGUGAAUCGCGCGUCCCCGAGGUGGCUGUUGUGAGCCCACACCACGGC